AUGCAGGGGCCGAUACAGGAGAUAGAGGGGAUGCAGAGGGAACAAGGGGGGAAAUUCUUUGAUGAAGACGCUAUACUAGGGGAACUGUCAGAGAAGUUGAGAGAGGAUGUUAUAAACUACAAUUGCCGAGCUCUGGUUGCAUCUGUUCCAUUUUUUACCAAUGCUGAACCUUCCUUUGUUUCUGAUGUUGUUUGUAAACUCAAAUACGAGGUUUUUCAGCCAGGAGACUGGAUCAUCAAGGAAGGCUGUGUUGGAAAUAAAAUGUAUUUUAUCCAGGAAGGAAUAGUCGACAUUGUAACCAGCAAUGGAGAAGUUGCAACCUCCCUCUCCGAUGGUUCGUACUUCGGAGAGAUUUGCUUGCUCACUAAUGCGCGCCGAACGGCAAGUGUGCGCGCUGAAACGUACUGCAACGUGUUCUCUCUCUCUGUUGAUCAUUUUGACGCUGUUCUGGAAACCUAUCCACUCAUGCGCAGAACCAUGGAGAGCGUUGCCGCUGAGAGGUUGAACAAGAUAGGGAAGAACCCGAACCUGGUCCCCAACAGAGACAACCUGGAUAUUGACACCAAAACGGUCAACGCCUUCGUUAACGCAAUCUCCACCAAGGAGAGCGUGGACUCCUUUGAUCUCUCCGACCCAAGUGCAAGAUUGUAUAAAAACCUCCGAAACCUGGGAACGUUGUUUGCGUUCCCCGGUAUGAUUGUUCCACGUGCUUCAUCUCACCCAGAUGUUACAGAGGAUCGGGAACCUCCGAGAAAAACCAGUUUCCACAAAUCCGACAUGUACCUGGAGAGAUCUAACACAGGUACAAGUUCUGGUUUAGAACGAAGACGAGAUCCAAGAUCCUCAAUCCGUAAAAGAGAUUUGACGAGCAGCGAGCAGCUUAGAAUCAUAGAGAACCACAAUCAUACCGUCAACUUCCCGAUACCCCAGGACAACCCGUCUUUGCAGAGCAUGCAGACCAACUACAGGUCAAUGCAGAACGUUCAAGCAGAGCACGCCCCCUCGCUGCAGAGUAUGUACUCUGCACAAACCAGUUUCGAUAAAAAUCCGACGCGGGAUGUCUCACAGAAUCUCAACAUGUCGGAUAAGAAUAAAGAAUCCUUGCAAAGUUUGCGAAACAAUAUUUGCAUGGAUGAUUACUCCCCACACAGCAGCAUUAGAUUGAGGAAAACCUCCUGCUCCAACCCGUCCCAGUCUCUUUCAAAACUCUCCGUAAACUCAUCCGUGUCUAAACCCAAUACUCCGACAACUGAACCCGGAGCUAGACCAAUGCCCUUCAGUAUCAGUCAAUCCUUAUCCCGGAGCCCUGGACCAACCCUAAUUUCUCCGGGCCCUGGAUCCACCUCUAAGUGUCAAAACAUGCAUUGCAGCUCUUCUCAGGGUUACCAGCUCUCCCAGCUCUCUCAACAUGAUCUUCCUCCGAGUCUACACCAAUCCAACUCAGGGUUCUCAGGGUACCCGGAGCAACUGCAGAACCCGUUCUCUCCAGAGGAUCACAAUGAAUCUCCUAAAGUGUCCUUUUCAGAUAUUUCAGGUUCGAGUUGUAAAGCUCAGCCAAGCUCCUCUCAAUUCUCCCAAUCGUCUCCUUCUCCAACCCGAAAAUCUUCCUUUAAAUCUGCCCAAUCCUCCCAACAUACUCCGCUAGAAGUAUCCCAAGGUUCAAUCAUGGCCAAAACUAACUCAGACACUAAGUAGUUCAGUACAAAAGAACCAGAGUGGGUUCAAAGUAAAGAUGGCAGAGUUUUUCUUAAUUUUUUUAAAAUUCAAGAUGUUUUGUAUACUUUAUAGAGCCUCCGCAAAAAUCUAAUAAGUUUAUUAUAAUCUAAAAUGGUUUUCUCUUUAAGUUAGUUUUUAUUAAAUUGUAAAACAUUUUUCUUUUUACCAAGCAUAUUUCUAAUCAAAGCGAUUCAAUAAUCGUUUUAAUUUUUCAUAUAUCUUAAGAUAGAGUAAUUAAUAAACCUUUAAAAAACGAUUUUUUAGCAAUUUUAUGCGUUUUUGAUGUUAUAUACCAAAUACUUUUUUGUUGAGGCUCUUAUAAAAGGUGAAAAAUCUGGAAUGUUUAAAAAGGAAUAUAAAAACGACAUCCAUCUCUAUUUGUAGAAUAUACUAGAUAUUAAAGUAUUAUAUUAUAUUAAUUGCUAUAAAGUAUCCUGAGUUAUAUAAUGUGAUAUUGGAUCAUAACUGGAGUCAACCAAAAAUAUUAUUAUUAAUAUACAAUUUUUUAUAUUUUCAAACAUUAAUUUUUUAUGGUUUAGAAAAAUUAUUGCCUUUUAUUUGAAUAGACACUUCUAUCUUUAAAAAACCACGCCAACAAAUUAAAAAAAUCUUUUUAAAAAUAAUUUUUUAAGAAACCA